CUCGUUUUGGAUGAUAUAUACACAUUUCUCUUGAUUCUUACUAGAUCUAUCACAAGAAAACCAUACAAUCAUGUCGGUGGGCGUUGCAAUCAUCGGAAGUGGGAUUUUCGCACGGGAGGAACAUUUGCCCGGUGUUCAAGCGGCCAAAGAGUUCGACCUCAAGGCCAUUUAUUCGCGAUCCCUGAAAUCGGCGCAAAACCUCGCCACCGGCGUCUCCGGAAUUGACCUGUACUCGGAGGAUGCCGGUCCUGGUAAAGGCUAUGCCGAUUUGCUGUCGCGCCAGGAUGUCGCGGCGGUGAUCAUCGCUCUGCCGAUCCUUGCUCAACCCGAAUUCAUCCGCCAGGCACUUGCAGCAGGAAAGCAUGUCCUCUCAGAGAAACCAAUUGCCAAAGACGUGGCUACGGCGAAGGACCUGAUAGCCUGGUACGAAGCCAACGUCGACCGCACGAAGACGCUGUGGGCAGUGGCAGAGAACUUCCGCUACGUGAGCAAAUUCGUGCGCGCUGCCGAGGAAGUGCGCAAGCUGGGCGGAGUCAAGAACUUCCGCGUCAACGUGCGCAACUUGAUCAAAACGGACUCCAAAUACUACAAAACGGAAUGGCGUCAAACGCCCGCGUAUCAGGGCGGUUUCGUCCUCGAUGGCGGUAUCCAUAUGGUCGCUGGCUUGCGGCUGAUUCUCGGCUCGAGUGACCCUCUCGCCACGCUCUCUGCACAGUCAUGUUUGCAGCAACAACAUCUUGCUCCCGUGGACACCGUAGAUGCAGCCGUUAAAACCCGGUCGGGCGCGACAGGCGUGGUUUCGAUCUCAUACGGCUCGACAUUGAGCGAUUCCACGUUUGAAUUCACUUGCGAGGGGGGCGUUGUAUCGCUGAAUGGGGAUCGAGUGACGGUCAACGGAGCUGGGUAUGAGGUACCCUUCGAGGGUCGCUGCGUCAACAAGGAGAUCGGCGCGUUCGGAGCGAGCAUUGUCGCAGGAACCAGCAUUGCGAAGGCAUUGCGACCGGAAGAAGCGCUGGCAGAUCUGGAAAUGGUCCUCGCAAAGAAGCACGUCCCCAUCGUCAAGAAGCGCACCAAGCGCUUCUGGCGCCACCAGUCCGACCGCUUCAAGUGCGUUGGCGAGUCAUGGCGCAAGCCCAAGGGUAUCGACAACCGUGUCCGUAGACGCUUCAAGAGCAACAUCCCCAUGCCCUCGAUCGGAUACGGAAGCAACAAGAAGACCCGUCACAUGAUGCCCUCCGGACACAAGGCCUUCCUCGUCCAGAACCCCAAGGACGUUGAGCUGCUCCUCAUGCACAACCGCACCUACGCUGCUGAGAUCGGCCACGCCGUCUCUUCCCGCAAGCGUGUCGACAUCAUCGAGAAGGCCAAGGCCCUCGGUGUCAAGGUCACCAACCCUCGUGGCCGCGUCACCACCGAGGCUUAAAUGAUUUAAUUUACCUGGAAACCUUACAAUCAGAAGAAGCGGGAGCGGCGGAGCAAGUGGCAAACACUACUUCGUCGUUGCUGCAUUUCUUUCCAAAUACCAUUUUAUACCUUGGGGGAAAAUUUUUACACGAUGGGGAUUUUCUUAACGCUCUGGCAGUUGCAGGUGUCGCUUGCGGUUUCUUGUAUGGUCGUGAAUUGAAUCAAAUUCUCGUGGCGAUAAAAGCAAAAAG